UAAGGAAGUAGAUAAAAGACGCACUGUCAAAACUGCACGCAGUUGUGUCUCAUCGUCGUCAGUCUGUCAGAGAGGUGAAGGUGUGGUUGUAAGCUCUCUACUCUGUUCGUUGUCAUCAUGGCUCGUGUUGAAACUUCUUCUAGCAGGCCGUACCACCUGGUGAUCUUCGGAGCCUCUGGAUUCACGGGACAGUUUGUGGUGGAGGAGGUAGCCCGGACCGUGUCCGAGGGUCCCAAAGGGAACCUGAAAUGGGCCGUGGCAGGCAGGAGCAGACAGAAACUGGAAAAAGUUCUGGAGCAGGCCGCCGGAGUCCUCAGUAAACCAGAACUGAGGGCAGAGGUGGACGUCAUUGUGGCAGAUGUAGGAGAACCAGACUCUCUGGCUGCCAUGUGCAAACAGGCUGUGAUUGUUCUCAACUGUGUGGGGCCUUACAGGUUCUACGGUGAGCCAGUGGUCAAAGCCUGUGUGGAGAAUGGAGCCCACCAUAUUGACAUCUGUGGAGAGCCUCAGUUUCUGGAGGGGAUGCAGUUGAACUACAACGACCAAGCAGCUGAAAAGGGUGUCUACAUCAUCGGGAGCUCUGGAUUCGACUCCAUUCCUGCAGACAUGGGAGUCAUCUUCACCAGGGAUCAGUUCAGGGGUACUCUGACUGCAGUGGAGAGCUUUCUAACUGUUGGCUCAGGACCAGAAGGCGGAUGUAUCCAUGACGGCACGUGGCAGUCAGCCAUCUACGGGUUUGCCGAUGGUCCGAAGCUCCAGAGUCUCAGGAGGAAGUUCAACCACAAACCUCUCCCUAUUGUCGGCUCCAAGAUGAAACGCAGGGGCACGCUGUUCUUCAGUAACGAGAUCCAGCAGUACACUGUGCCCUUCAUGGGCUCUGAUCCGUCUGUUGUGAAGAGAACUCAGCGCUUCCUGGUGGAGGAGCAUCAGGCCACUCCGGUUCAGUAUGGAGCUUAUGCAGGAAUAGGAGGUAUUGGGAACAUUUUCAAACUGAUGUUUGCUGGCAUGAUGUUCUGGUUCUUGGUCAAGUUCAGUUUUGGACGCAACCUGCUCAUCAAGCACCCGGAGUUCUUCUCCUUCGGACUCUUCUCAAAGGCUGGACCAAGCAGGAAGCAGAUGGAGGCUUCAUCAUUCAGGUUUGCCCUGUAUGGAGAGGGCUACACAGAAGGACAGGACCCCUCCCUGGGGAGACCUGACAGCAAGAUCCGCACAUUGGUUCAGGGACCAGAGUGCGGAUAUGUGGCCACACCCAUUGCCAUGGUACAAGCUGCUCUUACAAUCCUGAAUGAACCAACAGCCCUGCCCAAGACGGGCGGAGUAUACACUCCAGGAGCUGCUUUUGCCAAAACCACACUGAUCGACCGUCUGAACAAACAUGGCAUCCAGUUUUCUGUCGUCUAGAGUUUGUCUCCUCCCUGAUGCAUUACUACAGGUUUCUCUCAGUACUAAGUAACAACUGGAAAGUUUCCAUCUGAAAAAAAAGAGCUAUUUCAUUUUCAUUUUUUGUUAAAUUGGUUGAUUUGGCAUUCUCCUUUUUUCAUUUGGACACAAACUUGUCAGGAUUCCUUUGGCUUGAAUGUACUGUUAAUAUUCUGCAUGUAAGAUACGAAUAGCACAACCAGUUAAGAACUGUGGGUGAAAAAAACGCAGAAACCUUCCACUAACAUGAUCUCUGCUAAUAGAAGAUGCAUUUUGGCCAUGAUUUGGUUCACUGCUUUACUUCAACAUUGAAGUUUGUCAAGUUACAUUGUACCUCAUAUAAAUAAAUCAUUGGAUAAAAAACAGUUCCUUAAUAUUCUGAUAAAGUGGUAAUCAAAGAGGCAGCACAUAGAUGUCCCUCUCUAGUCAAUACAACAUCUGUAAGUGUCAUGUUGUAAACAGAAUAAAAAGUUCUCCUCUGCCACUUUAUUCAUUCAAUAAAUCAUCUGGGUAGAAAUAGACUCUUCAUUAUGUGCCACACCUUCAUAAUAACAUUUAGCUUUACAGAGAGGAUAUGGUUGGAUCUGAUUUACAAUCGUUUGAUUUAUGAUGAACGGCACAGUAGGCUGAUAGCUUCACAGUUUAAUAUUAUGCUGGAAGAAUAAAAAGCAUGUAAGGAGAAAGUAGAAAACCAAGCUGCUGUAAGUGUUUAAGAAAUGUAAACCAUCUUAAAGUGUUAUCCUUGUAACAUACAGUAACUUUAUAUUCACCAGACAUAACUCAUUGAGACGCACUAACAUUGUAGCAGCAAGUUUGUCCUUCAGGUUCAGUGAAGUGAAGCUGUCAACAGGAUAGAAACCUGCUCUGUGUGUGUGUGUGUGUGUGUGUGUGUGUGUGUGUGUGUCUGUGUGCAUGUUAGCCUGUCUCAGCCUGUUAAGCUGAAAAUCCUGACUGCUUUGUUUCAUGACAGUUUGUAGUCAGACUAUCACUAAAACAUACUUUCAAUGUAUUUUUCUUGUAGCUGAAUUUGACAGAAUUCUUUGAUAUCCAGUAGUUUCUUUGAGUUCUGGCAGAAUAGGCACAAAGUAGUUUUUUGCUCAAACAGCGUGAUGUGCAUGAUGCUGAAUUGAUCCUCUCUGCUUCUUUUUUUUUUUAAUAACUGAUUUAAAAAAAAAAAUCUGAAGUCAUGUUUUUGUCGACUGGAGUGGUUUUCUUCAUGUUAUCGAUCUCAGUUUGGACUUUUUUUUGCAUCAUGUGCACGUAAGCAGUUGCAUUAUGGUUUUGUUUUGGUGUGCUUUGCUUUGGACCUAAUAAAAGAAACCAACUCGGCCAAUGGA